GCGGUGGCCUGACGGUCGCAAGGAUUACAUUCGCCUGACCCGACCCGGCUUGACCCUGCCCGGGCGCGCCAUGUUCGCGCGUGGGUCCCGGAGGCGCCGCUCCGGGCGUGCGCCUCCAGAGGCAGAGGACCCAGACCGGGGCCAGCCCUGCAACUCCUGCAGGGAGCAGUGCCCCGGCUUCCUGCUCCACGGCUGGAGAAAGAUCUGCCAGCAUUGCAAAUGCCCGCGGGAGGAGCACGCAGUGCACGCGGUGCCUGUGGACCUGGAACGCAUCAUGUGUCGGCUAAUCUCGGACUUCCAGCGCCACUCCAUCUCCGACGACGACUCAGGCUGUGCAUCGGAGGAGUAUGCCUGGGUCCCCCCAGGCCUUAAACCGGAGCAGGUAUAUCAAUUUUUCAGCUGCCUCCCAGAGGACAAGGUCCCCUACGUCAACAGUCCUGGGGAGAAAUACAGGAUCAAGCAGCUGCUGCACCAGCUGCCCCCGCACGACAGUGAGGCACAGUACUGCACAGCACUGGAAGAGGAGGAAAAGAAAGAGCUCCGAGCCUUUAGCCAGCAGCGGAAGCGGGAGAAUCUGGGGCGUGGCAUUGUGCGCAUCUUCCCGGUGACCAUCAUUGGGGCCAUCUGUGAGGAGUGCGGGAAGCAGAUUGGAGGUGGGGACAUCGCAGUGUUUGCCAGCCGUGCAGGCCUGGGUGCCUGCUGGCACCCACAGUGCUUCGUGUGCACCACGUGCCAGGAACUGCUGGUUGACCUCAUCUACUUCUACCAUGCUGGCAAGGUCUACUGCGGGCGUCACCAUGCCGAAUGCCUGCGUCCACGCUGCCAAGCCUGUGACGAGAUCAUCUUCUCCCCUGAGUGCACGGAGGCUGAGGGCCGCCACUGGCACAUGGAUCACUUCUGCUGCUUUGAGUGUGAAGCUUCGCUAGGAGGGCAGCGCUAUGUCAUGCGUCAGAGCCGUCCCCACUGCUGCGCCUGCUACGAGGCCCGCCAUGCGGAGUACUGUGAUGGCUGUGGGGAGCACAUCGGCCUGGACCAAGGCCAGAUGGCUUACGAGGGCCAGCACUGGCAUGCCUCAGACCGCUGCUUCUGCUGUAGUCGCUGUGGGCGGGCCCUGCUGGGCCGCCCAUUCCUGCCACGCCGAGGCCUAAUCUUCUGCUCUCGAGCCUGCAGCCUUGGGUCCGAGCCCACAGCUCCAGGGCCGGGCCGCCGCAGCUGGAGUGCCGGCACUGUCACAGCCCCAGUUGCAGCCUCCACAGCCUCUUUCUCUGCUGCCGAGGGGGCAUCAGAGACCACCACCAAAGGCACCAGCACAGAGUUAGCGCCAGCUACAGGCCCCGAGGAGCCCUCCCGCUUUCUGAGAGGGGCUCCCCACCGCCACUCCAUGCCAGAACUGGGGCUCCGCAGUGCCCCCGAGCCGCCUCCAGAGUCCCCCGGCCAGCCUAACCUGCGCCAGGAUGAUAGUGCCUUCAGUCGCCAGAGCACCCCACGCGUCAGCUUCCGCGACCCUCUGGUGUCUGAAGGAGGUCCGCGCCGGACCCUGAGUGCACCCCCGGCCCAGCGCCGCAGGCCACGCAGUCCCCCACCCAGGGCCCCCAGCCGUCACCGACACCGUCAUAAUCACCAUCACCAUCACCAUCACCAUCACCACCGCCACCCAAGCAGAUGUCGCCACUAUCAAUGUGACGCGGGAUCAGGGUCAGACUCGGAAUCUUGCUCCAGCUCGCCCUCCAGUUCCAGUUCCGAAUCCUCAGAGGAUGAUGGCUUCUUCCUAGGAGAGCGCAUCCCUCUGCCCCCGCAUUUGUGCAGGCCCAUGCCUGCUCAGGACACUGCAACGGAGACCUUCAACUCCCCAUCUUUAUCGCUCCCCAGGGACUCUCGCCCAGGGACGCCUCGUCAGGCCCGAGACAAGAACUGCAUCGUGGCUUGAAGGCAAACCGUCCUGGAGGGGGCGCCAUUCUCCAGUCAGAGUAGAUGAUGAGGCCCAUGCCCCUCACUCCCAUGCCCCGCCCCCACAACCUAAGUCAUAAAUCUUCUUCCUCCUUUAUCUGUUUGUUUCUAUUUUUGUUUCUGUUUUAGAGACAUGGUCUGCUCUAUUGCCCAGGCUGGAGUGCAGUGGUGUGAUCAGGGCUCACUGCAGCCUCAAAAGUUUUGAGCUCAAGCUAUCCUCCCACCUCAGCCUCCCAAGUAGCUGGGACUCCAGGCUCCUGUCAGCGUUCCCAGCUAAUUUUUUAAUUUUUUGGUAGAGAUGGGGUUUCGCCAUGUUGCCCAGGCUGGUCUAGAACUCCUGGGCUCAAGCAAUCCUCCCGCAGCCUCCCAAAGGACUGGGAUUACAGGCAUGAGCCACCGCACCGGGCCUCUCGUUUGUAUUAUUGAAGUAAUUUAAUAUUUGUUGUAAAACAGGCCUGGCUUCUUUGCCUCCUUGCCCCAGCUAUUUCCACUCCAUUUCCCCUUCCUGAUGCUUGAAAUUCACCCACAUUUGAUGAAAGGAUUACUUUAUUCAUUAUCGUAUAUUUUAACAAUGUUUAUUAUUCAUUUAUCCCUCUACAGAACCACCACCCACACCAAGGAGAUUAUUUGGAGUGGGUCCCAACCUAGGGCCUGGACUCUGAAAUGUAACUCCCCACUUCCCUCAUUUUGUGACUUAGGUGGGGACAUGGUUCAGUCAGAACUGGUGUCUCCUAUUGGAUCGUGCAGGAGGACCUAGGCACAAGUAUAUGGUGGCCACACCCAGGAGGGUUGAUUGGCAGACUGGAAGACAAAAGUCUCCCAAUAAAGGCACUUUUACCUCAA